AAGAACAUUUUCUAACCAGAAUAUUCUAUACUGUUUAUUUAUUUGCCACCGCCACCACUGUGUGUCAUUUACUAUUUAAACAAACAGGUUGGCACAUAUAUAGAGACAUAUCAACUACUUUACCAACCAACCAUCCAUCCAUCCAACCAUCACAACAGCUACAACAACUCCACAAUGUCAGGGGCUACUAUAAAUAAUAUUAGUAAUUUAUUCAUUGAUAAAUCUAAGAAGCCUGAUGAUGGAGAAUUAGGGAUAAUGAACUUAGGUAAGAACUGUUCAUUCUGUUCUCAACUUGAUUUCUUACCCUUUCAAUGUGAAUUCUGUAAUGAGAUAUUUUGUUCAGAUCAUAGAAAUGUCGAAAUUCAUAAAUGUAAAGGAUUAGAUAAAUUUAAUAAUCAAUAUUCAAGAAGUCCAAGUCCUCCAAGUAAUUUACCUAGUUCAAAGACAUUAUUCCCCGAUCGUGAAGCUCAUAAACGUCAAAUAGAUGCUGCUUUAGCUACCUCGGGAAAUAAACCAACUUCGAUAUUUGAAAAAGCAGCCGCAAGUGCUCAAACUCAAUUUAGAGUUGGAGAUGUGGCGAAAACUACUCCCAAUGCAUUUAAGAAAUUACAACGAUUUUUACAAUUACAACGAAGUAAAUCAAGUCUAUUAAAAUCAAAAUCAAGUAAAAGUGCUAGUGCUAAGAUUGCGGAUAUAUCAUUACUUAAAAAAUCAGCAAAGGGUGAUUCAAAAAUACCGAUUAGUGAUAGAAUAUACAUUUGGUGUUUAUUCUUGAAUCACAGUAAGAACAAUACUUCUGAUGAAGAAGAUCAACAAUUCAAAAACAUUAAGAUUGAGAAAGAAAGAAAACCGAUAUUUGUAUCGAAAAAUUGGGUAGUUGGUAGAGCUCUUGAUUCAAUAGCUAAUGAAUUACAUAUUCCAAAUAUUAAUAAUUCCACAGUUGACAUUAAUGAAAAAUUGAAUAUAUUCAAAUUGAAUGAAUCUCAAGAUGAACCUAUUGUGGUUAAGAACAAUUUAAAGACGUUACAAGCAUUUAAAAAUGGUGAUAUUUUAUAUUUAGUUAAAGGAACUAUAUAGGAUAGAUAAAGUCUAUUAGAAUAAAUGAAUGUAU